CAUUUUACUCGCACGUUUUCCUCCUGUUGAGAGCCGGGAACCAUGCAAAAACCAAACUUUAGGGAAUUUUUGGCACUGAACCAUGGAAGACUAAACACAAUGCCUGCAGACAUGUGUGUUGCCACCUGUCCCCACUUCCAGUCAGCGAGGGAUUGCUGAAAGUUUCACUAUCUGUCCACACCUGUAUAAAAGCACCUGCAGCUCCAGAUCCUGAACAUUCGCUCUGAUCCAACCGGAAAGCACAGAAAAAUGGCCACCAAAGCUGCAGCUCUGAUUUUACUGGGACUCGUCUGCGUUGAGUUUGCUACAGCUCAGAUUGCGGUGGAUUGCUGCCUCAGAGUGGAGAGUGAAAAGCGUCUGAACCCCAGAAACCUGGUGAGCUACAGCGUCCAGAGAGCCGGGAAGGGCUGCGACAUCAGCGCCACUGUAUUUGUCAACCGGAGAAACAUGAAGCUGUGUGUGGUUCCUGCUGAGGGGAAUCCAGGAGUGCAGAAACUCAUCGACUUUUUGGAGAAGAAAAGGAGAAAUCAUCACUAAAAAAUGUAAAAACAU